AUGUGGCAAUGGUUCAGCUGUGUGCUCCCUGAAAAAAAGAUGCUGUUCCUCAACACCCACAGAACAAAGACCUGCCUGGACAUGGACAAUCAGACCCAAGUCUCUGAAUUCAUCCUCCUUGGUCUUUCUGCACAGCCCCAGCAGCAGCGGGUCCUCUUCGGUCUGUCUUUCAUUCUGUACCUGAUUGGAGCCCUGGGGAACCUGCUGACCCUCUUGGCCAUCAUCUCGGACCCUCACCUCCACAGCCCCAUGUACUUCUUCCUCAGCAACCUGUCUCUUCUUGACUUCUGCUUUACCUCCACCACCAUCCCCAAGAUGCUGACCAACCACCUCUGUGGACACACCACCAUCUCCUUCCCCGCAUGCCUGGCCCAGAUGUAUUUCUUCAUAGUUUUUGGGGCAGCCGACAGCAUCCUUCUCUCAGCAAUGGCUUACGACCGCUACCUGGCCAUUUGCUGCCCACUGCACUAUGUGACCAUCAUGGGCGCCCUUCGGUGCAUCUUGCUGGUGGCAGUACCCUGGAUCUCAGCCAACCUUGUCUCCGUGGUGCAUACAAUCCUGAUUACUCACCUGUCUUUUUGCUCCAAUAGAAUCCCACACUUCUUCUGUGACCUCAAUGCCUUGAUCAAGCUCUCCUGCUCUGACACCCAAGUUAAUGAGAUGCUUAUAUUGGUCUUCAGGGGCGCGGUGGUUGUGAUUCCUUUUAUGUGCAUCAUGGCCUCUUACACACCUAUUGCAGUGGCUGUUUGGAAGGUGCCCUCAGUCCAGGGGAAGUGGAAAGCCUUCUCCACUUGUGGCUCUCACCUUUGUGUUAUCAUUCUCUUCUACAGCACUAUCAUUGGGGUCUACUUCAACCCUGCAUCCACAUACUCUACUAAGAGGGACAUGGCGGCCACAGUGAUAUACACUGUUGUCACUCCCAUGCUGAACCCCUUCAUCUACAGCCUGAGAAACCGAGACCUGAAAGGUGCUCUCAGGAAACUUCUCAGUGGGGACCACUGGGCUAAAUCUUUGACAAUUCUCUUUAGAUGA